AUGAGAUUCGUAGACGCUUUCGUAUUGGCAAUCAGUUCUAACAUUAUGGUCUGCAUCGCUUUGUACCGCCUCUACGCUCUUCGAUAUCCGCUCUGGAUCUCGACUGUCGGCCACAGUCGAGUGCCCCGCAUGUUGCUGCUUGCUUGGAGUGUGGCCACUAUCACAGUGCUUUUCUCAACUGCUCUACGUAUGGCGAGAGGUGGAUUUCGGCAAUCUUCGUCAGUGUGUGACCAUAUGGACAGAGAAGAUCAAUCUUGGUCCGAACAAAACUCAAAUGACUGA